AUGGGCGACGAAGCUUCAGUAGGCUCUCACCGGCAACAGUCCACCAUUUCCGGUCCGGACUCUGAUCCGAUCAUUCCCGUUCAUCUCAAAUUCCUAAUCUCGAAUAUCAAGAACCUCGUUCCCACAAUUCUCACAUCCGAAAAUUAUUCAAUCUGGUGGCUUCAGCUACAUCAACACUUUGUUGCAAAUGGAUACGACGGUCAUCUCUCCGGAGCUACCAUCUGCCCACCGGACUCACAACAUCCACAACACCUAAUUCUUCGUCAGUUACAAUCUGAAUUCAAACUCAAACAACUGGGCGACAUCUCCCUUUUCCUGGGCAUUCAGGUUAUCAAAACCACCUAUAGCUAUUUUUUAAGUCAAUCACAUUUUGCACAAGAUUUGCUUCUAAGUGCAGGAUUCACGGAUUGCAAACCCGCGGCCACACCUGCUCCAUCCCGUCCGUCGCUGUCCUUCGACGAACAGCCAUAUGCGGACCCAAAGCUAUUUCGCAAAUUGGCAGGCUCAUUGCAAUACCUAUCUAUCACUCGACUUGACAUCGCAUUCGCCACAAAUUCCAUAUGCCAACAUAUGCAUCAACCGCGCAAUGGUGAUUUUCAGUCUUUAAAGCGUCUUCUUCGCUACAUCAAAGGUUCUUUUAGCUAUGGCUUGCCAAUCACGAUGGGACCAAUGCAGCUACGCUCCUAUACUUACGCAGACUGGGCAGCCAACACCGCAGACAUGAAAUCCAUGUCUGACUUCUGCACCUUUCUCGGUUCUAAUAUCGUCUCGUGGUCGGUUAAAAAGCAAACUACAAUAGCGCGAUCAUCCACCGAGGCCGAAUACAAAUCGCUCUCCUCGGCAACCUCCGAUAUCCUAUGGAUUCGUCGCUUGGCAGAGGAUCUUGGCAUUCCGCAAAUCCGUCCCACAGUAAUCUAUUAUGACAACACUUCUACGAUUGUGUUAGACAACAAUCCGGUGUUUAACGCAAGGACCAAACACAUUGAGAUUGACUACCACUUCAUCAGCGAUCACAUACAAAAGGGUCAUAUUUCAAUUGCUCACAUAUGCACAGCCGACCAAAUCGCAGAUAUACUCACCAAAUCUCUUCCCGUCAGCCGGUUUCAGCUUCUACGAUCCAAAUUAACCAUUCGUUCCCAUAAUGAUUAA